CUUUAUUUAAUCUCUCUGAUUCAAUUCCUUGUUUUUUAAAUUUAAUUCAUGUAUUCGCUUCAGUUUUAAUCUCUUUAAACUUCAUUAUAAGUCACUUGAUAAUGGAAUUAUUUAGUAUUGAAAUGUUCUAUAAUGUUUUAAAAGUGAACUUAUCAUUAGCAAGUAUAUCAAUCUGAUUGGUGCAGUCUUGUACUUUUCGGUAGCUUAGAAAGUACUUUUUUUGAGAAAUAUAAUGAGUUUUCAACUAUACUAUCCUUUUUAGUGUAGUUAACUAACUGUAUGAGGGGAUAAACAAUAAAUCAGGCAAUAAUGUCGAUCUUCCAGUUUUCCCCAUAUAAAAAAACCUAUUUAUAGCAUCAAUAUCCAAUUAGGAUAAAGGAAGUGACAAAACUAGUUAAAUCUACUGAAUGCAUGGUAAAAUUUACCUAGGUCUACCUUUUAGGGAUCGAAAUCGAUUUCUUUUUCUUUGAAUCUGUUGUAAUGUGCAAAGGGACUGGAGCUUCUUUACACUCGCAGAAACCAGGAAAGAAACAUUUGCAGCAUCUUAGUGUGGAAUUUGUUGUAAGAAAUUUGCUGAUUUUUUUUAUUCUUAAAGCAGAUUUAACUCGGGAUAAAGAAAGGUCACUAGGUAAAAACUGAGGAGUGCUUACUAAUAGCUCAAAUUCUAGCUUUUUUCUUAUGUCCUUGUGAGCCCCGCGUAGCAUGUAGGUGCACAAUUGCAUGUACAUGUACUAUCCUAUUGCACAUACAUCACCUUAAGAAAACGUGUUUACAUUAUCAAGAAUCAGCAGGAUGUCGUUUUGCUUACUGAUAAAAAAAGAUAGUCAACAGGAUGUCUGGUGAAAUUACUGCAAAUAGAUGCAAGAAUAUGAUUAUCAUUUGGAAUGUAGAGACUAUAGCAGGAACCUACUAUGAGACAAUAUAAAUUUUGCAAGAAUCUUAAUUUUGUAUUUCCGUGGAAUUGAACGUCAUCUCUUAUGAAUUAUGCAUUACCUUCUAAACAUCUGUUGAUAAGUUUGUUCUUCUUUUGCACGGACCGCAUUGAACGUGAAUGCACUUGCUGGGUCCUUUGGCAUCAGGGUCCUUUAUUUCAUGAUGGAAUGAAGAAGUGGAGUUGUUGCAAGAAAAGCAGUCAUGAUUUCAGUUUAUUUCUCGAAAUUCCUGGUUGUAAGACAGGAAAGCACACAACAGAAAAACCAGUGAUAGCAAAUCCAGCUGCUAACCGGAAUAGAGCAAUUCCUGCACCAACUUCUACAACCAAUGUAUCACCGAAAGAAGCUUGUCCUAGAUGCCGCCAGGGAUUCUUUUGUUCUGAUCACGGUUCACAACCCAGAGAAGUAAUUCCAAAAGCAUCAAAUACAGUAACAUCUGUACCUUCUGAGAGCAAUACAGAUGUACAGCAAUGCCAUCCUGCUCCGGUGAAGAAGAAAGUUGAUAUAAACGAACCCCAAAUUUGUAAAAAUAAGGGCUGUGGUAAGACCUUUACAGAAAAGGAAAAUCAUGACGCUGCUUGCAGUUACCAUCCUGGCCCCGCUAUCUUCCAUGAUCGGAUGAGAGGAUGGAAAUGCUGUGAUAUUCAUGUCAAAGAAUUUGAUGAGUUCAUGAGCAUAUCGCCAUGCACCACAGGAUGGCACAAUGCCAACCCAGCGUCCUAACAGGCUGACAGAUGAGCCCUGUUUGUUUCACCAUUUAUUUAUCAAAUUAAGGUUGCUAGCAUGGCAUUGGUACAAUUUUACUCAGUCCUUCUGUAAGGUGCCAAAGGACAAUUGAGAAUGGACAAUCUAUGAUGUCUGAAGUUUUGACAGAGUUUGGAGUAAAGCUCGCUCAAUUAAUGCACAGUUGAGAGUAAAGAAUGUUGGGAUGCGCUUAAGCCUUUGUCAUGCAUGGUUGGUGUCAUUGUUCUUGUGUUUUGUUGUGAGAUUGUCACCUUAUAACCAAAAGGUUGAACAGGUUUACCUGCUCCUAUUGCACCUUUAUCUUAUUGGUUAACCCUUUAUGAACUUCUAAGCAAUUCUAUAAAAUUGCAAUAUUACAGUUUAACUAGAUGUUGAAACACUAAUCUUGUGAAUGUUUUUAGUUUGCUCAAAAACAGAGAAAAUGAGGGUUUGAAGGAUUUAAA